CUCGCCUCGCCUUGCUCGCUCUUGGCCGGGCGUGCCGGGCCCCCGCCGCCGCCGCCGCCAUGUCGGGCCCUUUCGACCUCUCGGUGCAAGAUCUCAACGACUUGCUCUCGGAUGGCACUGGGUGUUACAGCCUCCCGAGCCAGCCCUGCAACGAAGUCACCCCGAGGAUCUACGUGGGCAAUGCGACUGUGGCUCAGGACAUCCCCAAGCUGCAAAAACUGGGCAUCACCCAUGUCCUAAAUGCUGCCGAGGGCAGAUCCUUCAUGCACGUCAACACCAAUGCCAACUUUUACAAGGACUCCGGCAUCACCUACCUGGGCAUCAAGGCCAAUGACACACAGGAAUUCAACCUAAGUGCAUACUUUGAAAGGGCUGCAGACUUUAUUGACCAGGCCUUGGCUCACAAGAACGGCCGGGUGCUUGUCCACUGCCGAGAGGGUUACAGCCGCUCCCCAACUCUAGUCAUCGCAUACCUGAUGAUGCGCCAGAAGAUGGACGUCAGGUCUGCUGUGAGCAUUGUGAGGCAGAACCGUGAGAUCGGCCCCAACGACGGCUUCCUGGCCCAGCUCUGCCACCUCAAUGGCAGACUCAUCAGGGAGGGGAAGUUGAAACUGUAGGGUGCCCUCAUGGCCUCUUUUCUGGAGGUCUGACAUGGGGAGGCCCUGGCCGAGGCUGUCCCAAGCCACCAUGUUUAAGAAUCACAGUGUCCCCCACCCCCAGAGUCACACAGCACUCGUCUAUCCCAACACAGCCCAGGGCCACUUCCCCCCUGGGGAGCACAUAAAAAAGCUUGCUGAGGAGGGCAUUCUUGUUCCCUUCUUGUCCUGUUCUUCUCAUUGAUGUCUUGUCCCUGAGGUGGUGAAGGGUCACCCAGGGAGGCCUGCAGUGUGCAGUCCUCUUGAUGGCCCAGAACAGAGGGUUGAGGGAGUAUUUAAGGCAUGAUGUGUUUCAGAGGGGUCCUUAGGACCCUCCCUCACUCCCCAACUAUGGAGACCUUAUCACCUUGAGCCUAGUAAAGGUCAGAUGGUUACCUGUCACCUAUCACCUGGUCUCCUCGCUUUCCACUCCCUGCUCUGGACUCCAGUGAGGAGAUGGAAAUUCUCAUGAAGAGUCUGUCUUUGAAUGCUUUCCCUAAUGAGAAAUAUCUACUCCACCAAGAGGCCCCCUGGGGUAGACAGACUUUCCCAGAGGACUCAGCUCCAUCUAGAAUUUUCAAAAUGUGGCUUUUGGAAGCUUGAUUUCUUUUUUUUUAAAUCUAUAUUUUUAA